GUUGUUUAUUGGCUGCCGGGCUGUCAGGUGCUCCAUGCACAGCCUUAGCAACCAGCGGCUGCUAGGGACGCUGUGCGAGGAGAGCGGUACGGAUCCGGUGUACACUAAUCCCCAUCAGAGAGAGCAAUGUCCACCCAAGGUUCAUCUAGAUCUCCAUCCCGCGCCUCCCGUGGAUCCGCACGAAGACCUAAGAGUAAAGAGAAGAAGCCAGGGAGUGCAGGCAGGAAGCGCAAAGGCUCCGGUUCAUCUAGAUCUCCAUCCCGCGCCUCCCGUGGAUCCGCACGAAGACCUAAGAGUAAAGAGAAGAAGCCAGGGAGUGCAGGCAGGAAGCGCAAAGGCUCCGCUAAAAAGCGUGAAGAUUCUGCAGCAUCUGUCAGAUCGGGUCACCCGGAUUAUGUCAUUCCUCUAGUAUUAACCUCUAAAACGCAGGAAAUCUUCCAAUGUCGUGUGGAUGAGGACGUCACACAAGAAAACCCAUGCAAACUACUAAAGAAAGAAGAAAUUCUUAGUGAUCUGAAGACCAGGGCUGCCGUUUCGGACUUCAGCCCAAUUAAAUCCGUUAUAACAGAGUAUCCAGGAGAAGAGUUGUUGCUCGUCCUUGACACAGAGUUUAGAUAUGGACAGAAUUUUUAUCUGGUCAUAACAGAAGAAGCUAAGGAAUCCAUUCUGCAUCCGCCCGAGUCUGUAGUUGAUGAAGAAGCAAAGGAAGAAGAAGAAGAUUACACCUAUCACCCUCCUAUUUCCAAACCAUGGGUUUCUCUUGGUAGUGAAAAGGAAAUUGAAGAGGAAAUGGUCAGAGAAUCUAGAGCAAAGAUUAAAUUCAUGAUUUCACGAGUACGUCGUGAAUUCGGAGCGCAGGUCACUUUCAGUGAUUGCAAUGCAUCAGAUGUGAAAGAUGGGUAUAUGGAAUGCACAUCUUAUCAAGACAAGCGUUUCAACAUUAUACCAAAGGAGCGAGAUACAGGAAUACAGGUCGUCCCACUUCUGCAGGAGGAGAGCACCCAGACCCAGUGGACUUACCCACAGAAUGCCUGCACUCAGUACGAGCCACGAGAGUUUUCAGAAGAAGAAAAACAGGAGUUGCUGACGUCUAAAGAUCUAAAGGAUUUUAUCAAUUCCGUGUCCAUAAGGCUGGAAUUGGCGCUACAGCAAAACGAAAUUCUCAACGCCUUUGUAGAUGACUGGAAAGCCUUGUCUGAACAGGAGAGUAUGUUCGGUACAAGAUCCGACUCUCACCUCAAGGAGUAUCAGUCUUUUACAGAUCACCAAUUUGGCAACGACAAAACCAUCAGCUGCAUCGACUGGCACCCCACACUUCAUGGCUUGGUGGCGGUUUCGCUAACUGAAGGACUUUCUCUGGAGGAUCGAAUGAACUUAUCUUCCAAACUUAUCCUGAAGCCGUCCCUGAUUCUUAUUUGGAGCCUGAGUGACCCCAUCCAUCCCCAGCUAAUGCUGGAAUGUCCAGAUGACAUAUAUUGUUUCCGCUUUUGUCCGAGUGACCCCGGUAUCAUCGCUGGAGGGUGCAUUAAUGGCCAGGUUGUGUUAUGGGAUAUCUCUGCUUAUAAUGAGCGUCUAACGGCUAAAACUGGAGUAACUAAGAGCACCAGCACAAAGACAACACUGGAACCCAAGCAAUCCAAUGAGCCACAUUUUGUGAGAUACUGUGCGGUAUCCUCUAUAGAACACGGGCACAAGGCUGUGAUAACGGACAUACACUGGCUCCCAGAUUUCUUUGAGCUCACCCGGACAGGAAAUCCAUAUGAAAAUAAAAGUGGAUGCUGUGUACAGCUUGUCACCUCUUCUCCAGACUGUUCAGUCAUGUUCUGGGACAUCCGAUCACACAAGCCGCAGGCGCAGACCAUGACCGAGAAAAAAACAGACAUGAAGCAGCUGGAGCUUCCACUCGGUGUCCCGGAUACUUUCAAACACAUUGAUCUGAUCUGGAAGCCACUCGUUAAGACAUCAAUUCCUAAGAUCGAAUCGGGAGGAGAAUUCAGCCCUCUAAAGGUCAGCCUGAGAGAUGAGCAUCACCACUUGAGGACAUCAGACAAGCUGCAGAUCCAGGUCAAGGAGGAGAAGUCUGAGGGAGGAAUUAAUUACAGCAGUUUAAGAGCGACUUCAGCCAAAAACACCAAGGUUCUGGAAGAUCUCAACACCAAUUAUUUUGCUGCAACCGAAGAUGGUGAAUUGGUGUACACAGACUGGAAGAUGGUGAAAGAUGGAGAAACGGGAAAGUUUAUCAGCUCUAAACCUACGCAGACCCGCGCCGCACAUGAUGGCCUUGUUCACACUGUGCAGAGAUCUCCAUUCUUCAAGGACGUUGUUCUCUCUGUUGGAGGUUGGAACUUUUCCAUAUGGAAAGAAGGUGUCACUGGUGGGCCGAUUCUCCAGUCAUGUUGCUCUGGGAAGAGGUACACUGCGGCCCAUUGGUCUCUCUCCAGAAGUGGUGUCUUCUUCAUUGGAAAGGAAGAUGGAAAUGUGGAGAUAUGGGACCUGUUAGAGAAGACACAUGAGCCUUCCCAGACGCAGAACAUCUCAACAGCGUCCAUCACCUACAUCAAACCAUGGAUUGUCUCUGCUAAGCAGCAUUUCCUGGCCCUGGCAGACGACAGCGGGACCCUGCAUGUUCUAGAAAUCCCCUGGACCCUCCACCACCCCUCUGCUAAUGAGAACACUGGCAUCCAGCAUUACUUUGAGAGGGAAGUGAAACAUCUGGAAUAUUACGAACAGCGAAAAGCCUUCCGAUCCUCAGAGAGGAGAUCAUUGGAGAAGAAUGAGCUGAGCAAAGAAAAUGAAACUGCUCUACCAAUCAAGACAAAGGAACAGCUGGAGGAGGAGCUAGGCAAAGAAUAUGCUGCCUAUUUGGCCUCUGAGAACACCAUCCUCAUAGGACUUGGUGUUAGGAAAGAAACCGAAGAAAAAGCAGUGAAAAGCUGAUGUUAUAAAAAAAACUGUAAAAUGAUUAUGAUUGGAUGUUACUUGUUGUAUGGAAAAUAACAGACUGUUUGCAGUAGAUGGUGUUUUCUACAGGGUGAGAGGUGCAUUACAUUUUUAUUUUAUUUUUUUAAUGGGUUGGUAAAUGGAACAAAAAAAAUGUAAGAAGUAUUUUCACUUUACAAAAGCUGUGGACAGAGUUAAAAAAAAUAAAAAAAUAAAUGAUUGAGUUUUAAACAUAA